AUGGGGUUGUUCGACAUGAACACCAAAACACCAGAAGAAAUGUAUGACACAGAUGUAGAUAUAGAGUCAGAGAAAAUAGGUCACCAUCGUUAUCAGUCUACAGAUGUUUACACUGCAAUGGCUGGUACUAAUAAUGUGACCGACGGGGUUGAGGGGGAAAUAACCACAAGACCGGUACUAGGUUCAAUAUUAUCGGAGAUACAAAUGUCGAAGACGCUAGUAAUCGUCAGAAGUGCUUUUGUUGGUGAUGAAGAUAUGACUAAUGGAAUGCUCAACGAUACAAAGGGGAGGAGGGAUGAUACCGAAGAUGAUGAUCAAUAUGGUGACGAAGCAUUCGAAAAUAAUCAAUGUGAUGAAGACGAUUUCUAUCAUUCGGAUGAUCACUACAGCGGAAAAAAUCAAUUAUCUGAUUAUGCGAGUGAAGGGAGUCACAACCACCCCCUAGAAACUAAAGAAGAAAGACGGUAUUCCAAACGUGCACGACGACUUAGUUAUAAAGACAAGGAGUUUAUAGUGCGUUCUUCAACAUCUAACAUUGGUGCAACAAAGGCACAUAAGUUACAAGCUAGUUUGCAAGGAGGUUAUGAAAGCGUUGGCCCUGAAGCAAUUGAUUAUAAAAAUUUUAAAAGGAAGAUGGGAAACAUUAUAGGUGACAAGGAUACACAGCUAGUUGUCGACAAAAUGAACAUGAGGAAAGAUGAGUUACAUAACUAG